AUGGCUUGCCGCUCCUGUGUCGUUGGCUUCAGCAGGCUCAGCAGCUGUGAGGUGACUCCAGCAGGCGGCCCCCAGCCUGGGACCUCGGAAUGGGGCAGCUGUGGGGCCAGCGGGCUGGGCUUCAGCUCCCGCAGCCUCACAAGCUGCCAGCCAAUUAGCACCAUCCCCAAGGUGACCUUAAACCCCAGCCUGCUGGUGCCCCUGGACCUGAAGGUGGACCCAGCUCUCCAGCAGCAGAAGACCCAGGAGAAGGAGGAGAUGAAGAUCCUUAAUGAUAAGUUUGCCUCCCUGAUUGGCAAGGUACAAGCCCUGGAGCAGCGCAACCAGCUGCUGGAGACCCACUGGAGCUUCCUGCAGGGCCAGGACUCUGCUGCCUUCGACCUGCGGCCCCUCUUCGAGAAGCACCAGGGCCGGCUGCAGGAGGAACUGCGCAAAGUGAGCCAGGAGAGGGGACAGCUGGAGGCCAACCUGCUGCAGGUGCUCCGGAAGGUGGAGGAGUUCCGAAUCAGGUAUGAGGAUGAGAUCUCCAAGCGCACACACAUGGAGUUCACCUUUGUCCACCUGAAGAAGGACCUGGACGCAGAGUGUCUACGACGGACUGACCUGGAAACCAAGUUAAAAGGCCUGCAGAGCUUUGUGGAGCUGAUGAAAACCAUCUAUGAGCAGGAGCUGAAGGACAUGGCGGCCCAAGUGAAGGACGUGUCAGUGACUGUGGGCAUGGAUAGCCGCUGCCACAUCAACCUGAGUGGCAUCGUGGAGGAGGUGAAGGCCCAGUAUGAUGCCAUUGUGGCGCGCAGCCUGGAGGAGGCCAAGGCAUACUCCCAGAGCCAGCUGGAGGAGCAAGCUGCCCGCUCAGCCGAAUUCGGGACCAGCCUGCAGAGCAGCUGCAGAGAGAUUGCAGACCUCAAUGUGCACAUCCAGAAGCUCCGAUCACAGAUCCUCUCCAUCAAGAGCCAUUGCCUGAAAUUGGAGGAGAACAUCAAGGUGGCAGAGGAGCAGGGUGAGCUGGUCUCCCAGGACGCCAAGGACAAGCUGGCCCAGCUGGAGAAGGCCCUGCAGCAGGCCAAGAAGGACAUGGCACAGCAGCUGUGCGAGUACCAGGAGCUCAUGAACACCAAGCUGGCCCUGGACGUUGAGAUCGCCACCUACCGCAAGCUGGUAGAGGGCGAAGAGAGCAGGAUGGAGCUGCCCUCGGCCUCCACCGUGGUCAGCGCUGUGCAGUCCCGAUGCAGAACCGCUGCCUCCAAGUCAGUCCCCUCCAAGGCCCCCUUCCAGAAGAAGAAGAACACCAAAAGCCGCGUGAUCAAAUUCACGGAAAUAUCAGAGAAGUUCCUCUCCCAGGAGUCGGAGGUCUCGGAGUAA